UUCCGAGCUUGUGACCAGAAGGAGAAGUGACAGGAGGAAGUGACUGAGGAGUCACGUGACCCCGGGCAGGCAGGGAGUGAGUGUGGAGGGACCGGGGCUGCAGGGGAUGAUCUGAUCGGUGGUCUCCGAUAUUGUGAGGUGACCGACAUCGUCCUUGUGAGACCCGGAGAACCUGCCAGGGACCAAAUCCUGAGAUAAUACCAACUGCAGAGAUCCAUUGGAAGCUACAAGAUCCCUACAGAAUGUAUGCCCGGUUGCUGUGCGUCUGUCUAGCUGCAGUGUCAGUCGUGGCUGACGUAAUUGAAGACUGUAAAUUGAGCGGUGACAAGACAUCUUCCACUGAACAAGCCCUCCUCAGUAGACUGGCACCAUUGAAGCACAAGAGGUUUGAAACCACAUACAACGAUGGCAAAGACUCCUAUACCUAUACAUUUGUAGUUUGUGGACACGUCUUCAAUAGCAGCACAAGCACAAAUGAAGGACUGGUGCAAAACGACACGAAAGCCUCAAAAACCACUGUGAUCGGCCGCAUCGAUGAAACGCACAUCAUCAAUGGAACGGAUUGGAUCCUCCUUAUUUAUAAAAACGGAGAAAAAUACGACAGUCACUGUGGGAGCGAGCCAAGGAAAGCAAUGAUCAUGAUAUCUUGUAACAAGAAUACACUAGCAGAUGGCUUCACGAUAAUAAGUGAGGAGAAGGACAAGAAUAAGGAAUGUUUCUACCUCUUUGAGAUGGACAGUAGUGUUGCUUGUCCUAUAGAGGAGUCUCAUCUCAGCGUGGGCUCCAUCCUGCUCAUUGUGUUUGCUGUACUGGUUGGACUUUACAUUAUCGGUGGAUUCCUGUAUCAGAGGUUUGUCGUGGGAGCCAAAGGCAUGGAUCAGUUCCCAAACAUCACCUUCUGGAGAGAGCUGGGAAACCUAGUCGCAGACGGUUGUGAUUUUGUAUGUCGGUCUCAACCCCGAUCUUCCGAAACUGCCUACCGAGGUGUUGGCGAUGAUCAUCUGGGAGAAGAACCUGAAGAGAGAGAUGACCACCUAUUACCCAUGUGAUAGCGCUUAUUCCUGACAUUUUUGUGAAAAUUACCAAUUGGAAGAAGUACAUUUCUCUUCCACCACAUUCUUCCCCUGCUGCUUAGAAAAUCCUAUGUUUCCUAAUGCUCCUCUGCUGCAGUUGGGGGUCUCUCCGUCCCCAUGACCCUUCUGUGGUGUAACCCAAUAUUGGGCAGCCAUGGCCUGUGCUUUGUACUGGGAGUAUUGCCAACAUGGUAGUUCCAGUUUAUGGCAAAAAAUAAACCCAAUGCCUUCUCCUGUAUUAGCACUAGAUGGGUUCAGGCCGUAAACCAAUAAGCAAACUCAGGUUAAGCGAGGAAGUCGAUAGACGAGACAUAGUGGCCUUGGGAAGGCCCUUUUCUUAGAUCAUGUCUUACCACUAUGUGGACAGACACAUGAGCACUCUGAGGAUCACCAUAGUCCUCUGUCAGAUGGACUAUUUGGCAGAAUAGCGCACUUAAUGUGUAAGAUAUUUAAUAAUAAACUUGUAUACGGCCACUUGUAUAACUUCACUAAAAUUGCACCCACAGAAGUACUUGAACUCUUUUCUACACACUGGAAACACACAAACCUGUACAGUUCUACUGUAUAUGUCAUCACCAUUGGGGUUGUGUGUAACAUAGUGCAGCAUCUGAAUCACAUUUCCACUUUCUUGCUUCGCUUUCCCUCUAAUGUUUUUCCAAAUUUAGAUUUUUGGGGUAUUUACCUUUUUAUGGGUGUUUCUAUCUUGUGUGACUUAUUGGUGGAUUCUGAAAUUUUUUUUUGUUUUCAGUUUUUUUAACAAAAGAAUAAAAAAGUAAA